UUUCUUGUUUUUAAUUUUCUCUUUUUACGAAUUUCUUCCUUCUUUGCUCAUUGCCUUCUUAAGAAAGAAAUCAAGCCAAUUUGCUCAGGUUUCAAAGGGUUAACUUCAGAGUAGAGCAGUGCCCUAAACAACAAACAAAAAUAUGCUAAUGGACCCUAAACUUACUUUGCAAAAACAAAUGUGAAACAAAAGACAAAUUUCUAAUCUAAACUCCUACCACGUGAAACAAGAAAAGAACACAGUGAUGCCAAACACAAAAAGGCUUCUUACUGUUACUAAAUCUGUUUCAAGUGCUCUAUUUACAGUGUCAAACAAAAUAAUGUAACCAACUAAUAACUCAGUGUACACAGACUCGUUUACAAAGUCAGAAGUUUUUUCCUGCAGGUACUCACACACAAGUCCACGUUCACCGUUCUAAGUACUGGCUUCUCUGGAAGUGGUUGAGGUGAAUGGAGGGAAGAUCAUCUGUCAGCUGUCAUUUAAAAAUCUUCUGUCAUGCCCUGGACCAGUCCGGUGACAGCAAUCUCUGCGAAUUGUCCAAUCAGCAAACACCACCUGCCUUGCAACAUCCAAUCACACUCAACCACAUGCACACACCCUGAGGGGAGGAGAGAGAACACACACAGAGAGAACACAACAAUAAUGGCCUGCGUCACAACAGUUGGCGGUCACUCUCACUUUUGUCGGCAAUACUAUUUACAAACAGCAGCUGACAAUUGCUGCAUAGUGAACCUUUAAGUCAGGGGUGUCAAAUAUACGGCCCGGGGGCCAGAACCGGCCUGCCAAAGGGUCCAAUCUGGUCCACUGGAUGACUUUACACACCUAAUAGUGAUGCACUUGUGAAGGCCUAGAGGUGCCAGGUUUCAGGAGCAAGUUAAGAGGCUGCUUCAGAGGCUUUUCCAUCCCGACCAAAAUACACGUCUUUUCGUUCACUUAAAUUUGGUGUGGUGAUGUCAGGAUUUCUACGCAGGAGUGGAAUUGUUUAGAAAAAUGCAUGUUUGUUAUUUAUAGGGCAUUAUGCGAUGGUUUUACUGGUCCUGCCCACCUGCGAUCAAAUCGGACUGCAUGUGGCCUGUGACCUAAAAGAGUUUGACACCGCUGCUUUAAGUAUAUGAAAAUGUGAAAAAAUACAAAGUUAAAAAAGCGCUACUUUAUGUACAUUGCUUAUGAAGCAUAAUUAAUAACAUGAGAGAUUAUGAAGAUUUCAUAGAUUACUUGACUGAAACAUCAUCAAACUGUGUCCAGAUAUACUGUAAUCCUGUAACACAGAGACUUUUAUCGCCCAUCAGAUGGUGUAAUGUUUCCAUAGCGAUGCUUCAUUAUAGUCUGUGGUGCAUUAUAUGUUAUUCAUGCUGUGAAGUAUCAUGUCAACAUGUGCCAGUGAAAUUUCAAGAGGCUUCUCUUUGUCUUAGUAUGUCCCAUCUCUCUGUGUGUGGCCCUGACUGUGAGUGAGUGAAAAGGCCACGAGCCAGCCUGCAGUUUACAGUGUGUGAGAGAAAAGUGAUCAGAGUGAUAGUGACUUCCACCAUGAUAAAACUGGGUCAAUGUAACCCCCACCCCCCUCCACCACAGGCAAGGCUGAAAAAGGAAAAAAAAAAAAUGAGGAUGUCAUCACCAGCCUGUGUGCGUGGAUAUGAGCAUGGGGACACUGGAGCGUGGUUUGCUUUCUCCAUGGCUUUGCAUAAACCCAGAUGCCUCCCCUCCCUCUUGAUGAGCGCAUAGUGGUCAUUCAGCGCCCUAAAAACUUAGCCCUGUGUGAGGCUUCCCCACAAACCAUCCCGCAACAUUCCUCUCAAAUAUCAGCCUCUUCCAAUGGACACCCACCUCAUCUCCACCCCUCGCAGUCCCAUUUCUAUCCACCCGCCUGUAAAGCUCUGACUCUGGAAUGCAAGCGCAGAUCCUCUCGUGUGCAGAAAUUCAAGAGCGACCAGCCGGUCAUCCCAGCAGGUGUCAGACACAUCCCUAGCCACUGCCAUAGCAAUGGCACAGUAACUCUCGGCCCACGGCUGCCCUCCCACACACAUACUAUUGAUAUCAGGGUGACUGUGGACAAAGGAGGACGGGGAGGAGGAAUCAGCAACUCGCUUGGGCGCAACGGAAGUGUUAAAGGCGGCAGAGGGAAAUGUGCCUCUUCACAGUUGGAUCAAGGACAAUGUGAGAGAAAAACUGGAACUCUAGGGAGGCCAAGUGGAGCCGAACACAAGUCACAGCGAAGUCGCUAUAGUCAGCUGUCAUCUUCACCCGGAGGCGUCCUACAGUUUGUGCCGGCUCAGGCGCAGCAGCAUAGGUGCAGGAGUGAAAAGGAAAACUCCAGUUUUUCUAACAGAAGUGACCAGGAAUUUCCCUCUCUAGGUCACAAGAAGAAUUCCAAACUGGGAACGGUCCAUCAAAGCCAUAACAGUCACAAUCUGCCCUACCACCAAAACUCCGUCCCUGUGCCCCAUGCCGCCAUCCUAAACUCCAACUAUCCGUCUUCCCCGCCCUCCCAACCCACCCAUGUCCCGGUCUCAUUUCAGCAACUCAGCCAGCCGCACCCGUCCCGCACCAGGGAUCUCCGCCCUCACAUUCUUCAUGGUCUACCCCUCUCCCCCUGCUCCUCUCACGCUGGAGGCUUCCCCAGCCCUGACCACACCUGCACCAUCGACUGCACCCACCCAUUCAGUUGUGGCUGCUGGAGGUUGGUAAGAUGCCGAGGUUGUAAGGGGCACUCUGCUAGCUGCCAAGGAGGUGGAGGAAGCUCUUCCACCUCAUUCUCCUGUGUUCAUAAUGUCGGAGCAGUGAAGAGAGGUGCCAAAGAUAUGGGCCUGAGAAAUCUGGGUGGGUGUCUCUCCACCGCCUCCACCUCCAACACCUCCUCUUCUAACAGCACUGUGUCAGACUGCCGAGCAAGCCUGUUCAAACCUCUCCGCUGUGCCUCCUGCUCUGGCGAGGCCGGAAACUUUGAGAGUCCUGCUAUCCUUCGCAAAAAACUAGUAGGGGGAUGCCUGCCCUGUACUCCCCUGUCCUCCUCGGCCCCUCUGCGGGCGAUACAGAGCUGCGUCACAGGCUGCAACCCCAAAGCCUCUCAGACAGGCAGCUCCACCUGCAGCUACUGCAGCAGCGACCCCAUAGUGGUGACAUUCAACCCUCGCAGAGGCAAACCCCCAGGAAGAGGCAUUGGAGCAGCUCAUUCGAUGGGUAUGUUUCAAGCCGAUGAUGAUGACUACAGCGUGCGUACUAUCUGGCCUGAAGAACUGGCCAAGAAGAUGACCCAUUCUAAAGCCCAAAAGAAUCACUGUGCCGGGAUGGGAGUCGGAGUCGGGAAGACCUGUGCAACCAAGGCCCAAAAUGGCAGUAACGGAACAGGCCUGGCACUCCUGGACUGUCAAAACCUCCAGGAAUACGCACAGUCUCAGCUAACAGACCACGCAGGCAGACGACGGCUUCAGCAGGGGAAAAUGGCUGCCUUUGAUUUUAUGGGCCGCAGGUCGGGAUCUGGCUACGACGAAGGCCGUAACUCACUGAAGAGGCUCCUGAACAAAGCUGAAGACAUAGGAACUGAGCAAGACGGAGAUGUAGCAUAUCCACGUUCCCCCUCUCCACGCUCUGCAUCCCCACCGUCACCUGUGUCCUUUUCGCCUCCGCCGUCCGCCCCUACCACACUCAUCAAACCCAAACCUUGGCAGAGAGACAGGGAAGGAGGAGGACAUUCCCUGCCAUCGGCUCAGUCACUUCACCUGGCCCUUAACUCCCUGAACAGAGAGCAAGAUGAGGAGAACAGCAGAAUGCACCUUUCUCUGCCGCUCUCCUCUUCUUUGCCGGCCUCUUUGUCUGAUGAGACCGUGAUGACCCCCGAUGCGGAGAACGCCGUGGUCAGUCCCAUCCUGCCCUUCCUGUUUCUGGGGAACGAGAGAGACGCCCAGGACUUGGACCUGCUGCUGCGCCUCAACAUCGGCUACGUGGUUAACGUGACCACACACCUGCCCCUCUACCACGUCAACUCUGGGCUGCGCUACAAAAGGCUGCCCGCCACCGAUAACAGCAAGCAAAACCUUCGACAAUACUUUGAGGAGGUUUUUGAGUUCAUUGAGGAGGCAUAUCAGAGUGGACAGGGAGUGUUGGUACACUGCCAGGCAGGCGUGUCCCGUUCUGCAACCAUUGUCAUCGCCUACCUUAUGAAGCACACCCUCAUGACAAUGACAGAUGCCUACAAAUACGUGCGGAGCCGUCGCCCAGUGGUGUCCCCGAAUCUAAACUUCAUGGGCCAGCUUUUGGAGUUCGAGAGGGACCUCAACUCCGGGGUGACUCCUCGCAUCCUGAUGCCUAAGCUCAACGGUGUGGAGACGCAGGUGUGAGAAAGGUCAGGGGGUCAGGAGCGCCUAGGGUUCCUGCAGGUAACGGAGAGAUUGAUGAGCGUCAAAGAAAAGAGUGCAGCACAUUGUAGAAGAGAGACAUGAUGAGAAAUAUUACAGUUGGAAAAUGUUUGGCAAUUAGUGCACUUUUAAUACUGUGAAACACGAGACAAAAAGACUGGAUGCUUCGUUUGUUUAAGUAGUAACUCUUAGACAACAUGAUUAUCAUCCAGUAUACUGUUUAUAAGAUAAUGUGCCAAUAUUUUGUAAAGAUCUAACAUCACUCUCAGAUAUCUCAUUUCUUUUUUUUCUGAUGCCUCUUCCUUUUUGUUCCCAUCGUUUACAUUCUAAAACACAAAGACAAACACAGUGACUUUGUCGCCAUGAAUCAUAAAUGCAUGCACAAUGGGUACGCAAACACGGAAAGGGUUCACUGGUUACGUCCUGCUUCAUCUACAACACCUCUCUGACGUUUCCCAACACAUGUAGCAACACACAGGUUCUUACAAUGCACUUUACUUCCCAUGCAUUUGUUUCAUUAUCAGCAACUGAAUUGUCACAAGGGUGAGAGGAAUUCAUCACACAGACCUCAGUCACUGUUUCUGGUUAAUAUUAUCAUGUAUAUGUUUUUUUUUCUAUUUGCAAUAGAGAGGCACGGACCGAGUAGAGACAUACGUAGCAUUAACCUUGGAAACUUAAGGGGUGAACAGCUCAUGGAGAUGUGUAAGAAUGGUUUUAUUUCAGUGAAGCGGCCUGUAUAGGAGCUAAGAUACUCACAGGGUUAGAGUUACACAAUACACAACAUAACACAGUAUUAAUGUGUGUGAAUUAAAGCUACAUCUGAAUAUGCAGGUUAACACACUGAAAUAAGAUCAUUAUAAACACAUUUACUGCAGAGCUGAAACCACAAUUCAACAGUACUUUCAGAGAUUUCUUUAUGCACACUAUGAUUUACAGUAUAUUUACCUAGAGGUGUGGGUUGGCAGGUUUCUUCCUGCUGUAAAAAUGUGCUUUAAAACAACAGACCUUCUCCAACUGUGCACUAUUUAUGUUGUGGUUAAUUCAUUUGAUAAAUGCAUAUUUUAAUUCAUUUUUUUAUAACCUAAAAAACUUGGUCUUGUUUGGUGUUUAGCAUGAAACAGUCCUGUCAUGGUGCACGAAUAGAUCUUUUACUAAAUUCAAAAAGCACAUGGUAGUUUGAUUUACUGGAGGCGACACAUUAAAAAGGCAACAUUUACCCUCCUGCUUUAUCUGUCUGGUCAGAGACAUAGAGCUCAACUAUUUGUUAUGUGUUAUGCUGAAGGAACUGUUUAAAACUACACAGUAAGCUUUAAUUUUUAUGUUAUAAAGUGUUAUCUCCCACAGCACCAGAAAGGGUCGGACAACCAUGACCCAACUGAAAAAUAUGAGGUUUCACAGCUUACACUGUUUUUCCUAAAUCAUGAACACUGUUAAAGGAGCUGUACGCGACAUUCACAGCAUAUCUGUAAAUCAGAGUCUGAUUAAGGUUGUCUGCACUCUGCACAUGGUUCUCAACAUAGAGUUAGCUAAGCCAGCGGCUAGCAGCAAACGGUGCUAACAGUGCAAACGGCACGAACAACGGCAACAGUGCCGACAGAGCUAAAGGUGUUAACCUGGGGGGAGCCUGACGGUGGGUGCAAGCUCCCGUGACGACGCCAUGGGUUGGGGUGGUGUUAGCGGUAAGCACUGUACGAGCUCAGUGCAGAGCAGCAGCGAUUAGCUCGCCAGUGGGAUACACACACAGGGACUCACAAGCACUAACAGUUUUGCCAACUGACCAUAGAAUUAGUGACUUUUCAGACCAUCUUAGCAAUUUUAUUUCUAAACAUUGACUAGAGACAAUUAGCAACUUCUUCUGGCCAUCAGGAGAAAAGAGAGAAAUAUAUUGUAAUUCAUUCCCAUGGUGCUCAGAGUAAUCGCAGUCCACAGCAGUAGGUGUGGAUAAAACUGAAGUAUAAAUCCCACAUAAGGCAGGAGUUGAAGAGACGCCACUCACCAGGGUAGUUCAGUUGUAGUCAGUUUCUAUGGUCACACUGACGUUCUUGCCCGCUUGAUUGGAAGAGUAAGAAAAUGGUGCACUACAGUAUAAGCACCAUUACUGUCAUGCCACUGAAUCUAAUUCAGCAAAGUUUUAAUAGAGUGCCGUAGGGAUGACGUUUUUCUGGAGGCUGCCACAGAAGUUAGCGUUGCCCUGGUUCCUUUGACAAAAAGCUCUUUCCACUGAAUUUUAGAUUAUUGCAGACACCAAAAUGCAAAUAAGCAUUUGACGUCAUCUGGCAACUUUUAGCGACUUUUGGAACUGGUGCUAGCUACUUUCAUAAGUGAAGAGUUGGCAACGCUGUGCACAAACUGGGGACUGUCUACCAGGACAAUGAACAGAGAAGCUCAGAUUUCAACACACAAAGAGGGAGUGUGACACUAUAUUUUUACAUAGCUGCUAUAUGAAUGCUCUGAAUGUCAUAUACAGCUCCUUUGAAGCCAAAUCUUUACAUUUUGUUAUUUUAAUACCUUUGUGGAGGAGCUGAAAGACUGUUUUUUAGAGGUGGUGAUGCCUGGUAGCUGAUUUGUUGAUGUCUGUUGUUACUCCCUAACUGUUCGUUUGCCUUACUGUCCUUACUGAACUUCUUAACUGUGUCCCUCAUGACUAUGCAUUAUUUUUAUUAUUAUUAUGAAGGCUUUGGUUUGAUCGGAGAAGGUUGAUUCACUGUGAACUCUUCCACUGUUAAGGUCGAGGCCUAUUCUAUUCACAUUCAAUUACAGUUAUAGGUCCUGUGCAGCCAAUGUGCUCAGUCAAUCUUCUGGUUGGAGGUUAAAACAAAUCAUCACUUAACAUAGGAGGACAAGAAAUAUGGGAAGUAUCUUCUUAUUAUAAAGCAGUUACAAAACUGGCUGAUGAAUCAAUUAUAAUGUGCCGUCAGUGCAGAUUGAGAAAUGUGAUGCACACUGCAAUUAUCCAGCUUUUCAAAGCAUUGCUCUUCCUGUUAAACCUCCAUAUUAUAUCAGUUCAUUCACUCCAUAGGGAGAAUCAGUGAUUGGUGGAGAACUGAUGUUUUCGUAUCUGCUAGCUGGGGAUGAGAAUUAUUUUUGCACAUUUUCUAAACUGAUGCCAUAUACAUUUUUUGAUAGCAUGCAGUAAUUCAUGACUAAAGCAUUUGCAAAAACAUUUUUGCUGGCAUUAAUUGUUAAACAUUGUCAAAUAUGACAUACUUGUAAGGAACGAUUCAGGUGUAGGGAGAGGGGACGUUUGUGCUCUUAAUAUUUUAUUUAUGUGUUUUCUUCUCUUAGACAGAGGAAAUAAACGGUUGUGCAGUCUGACAGAGAGACAAUGGGAUAGCCCAGAGAUUUGGAACCCAUCUAUUAUUGAUUAAAGCUCACCUGACAAGGGUACAGCUUCUGUGUCCAUAACAACCCAAACAAAUGAAAAUUCAAGUAUAAGGUGACUGAAAACAAGCUUUUACACUCGAGUUACAAAUUCACAAGCUGUGUUAGUAUUUUUUUUCUUAUUCUUGUAGUAUGUUAACCAAGUUGCCCCUUUUCCAGAUUUUAACAAAAAGCCCUGUCCCAAGUUUAUACAACCAAAAUGCCUUCUGUUUAGCCUUGUGUAAUCUGGUCCCCCUUGUCGUCAUUAUGAAUAUGACUUUGUAAAAUGAUCUUGAAUUUUGCUUGUUGGAUUUAUUUAAGUGACUUUGAUAUAGGCGAUAUAUUUUUCUACAGUCAAACUUCUUCAUCCGAGUUACUGUAACUGUGUAUUUACAGUUUUUUACAUGAGUCUUUGUUUUAUAUGAAGGGCCGUUCAGACAGAAUGCCAUCUUCCAACUCUGCAGUGACAGUUAAGGGCCCAUGUCCACUGAAGCGUUUUUUUCCUGAGGCCAGCGUUAUUUUUAAAAUUCUUUUCAAUGGGAAUUCCACGUGUGUACACUACGUCCCAACCCUCACCUAUGGUCAUGAGCCUUGGGUUGUGACCAAAAGAAUCAGAUCACAGAUACAAGCCACCAAAAUGUGUAUCCUCGGUAGGGUGACUCAAAGCCCAGCUCUGAUUUAUACUUGUGUGUCAGCUUUAUGCAGAGCUGUAACGUUUAGUUGAAUCACCCAAAACACACAUUAAACACACAUUAAACAUGGCUUAAUAGCGACAGUUGCAAACACAAGUACACAAAUCAGCUUCACUAUAACUCGCAGCAUUGACAGACAAAGUACUUGUCUUUAUCUGGACACAUUUUCCCCACAAAUACAACAUGCUAAUGUUUUUAGCACACGUCUAUGGCAUUUUACAUUGUAUGAAGUAGCCUAGCAGCUAGCAGACUUUUCCUCUACUCAUAUGAAGGCAGAGACAACAGAAACAUUUAACAAAGGUAGCAUUACAAAAUUCGGCUCCAUUACAACUCACAAGGUUCACUGACAAAACAACUGUCUUAUACUGAAGACAUUUUCCAAACAAAUAUGACAUGCUAAUGUUAUUAGCACGAGUCUAUGGCAUUUUACAUUGUAUAAAUUAGCCUAGUGAUUUCCUCUACUCAUAUGAAGCCAGGAUAAAUCACACACAGGACUUAAAAUGCUAUUUUUGUGGAGGCUUUACUGUCUUCACAAUUUAUUGUUUCUUAUCUGUGAAAAUAAAGUAAAUAAAAAUUUCGUUUCCACUGAGGGAAAUGGUUUCAGCUUACAAAAAUAGACAGGAGGUCUGCGUCACCGCGAUGUGUAGUUACAUUUCUAAGGUAGGUGCAUGUCAGGCUACGGUGUAGGUACAGCGUAAAUUUGACGCUGAAGUAUAAAUCACGUAGAGAUAGGGUGAGGGGCACAUCCAACUGAUAGGAGGUCUUGAGUACCUUGCUCAGCCUGCUGCCCCGCUGACCCGGCCCCGGAUAAGCAGAUAAAAAUGGAUGAACGGAUGGAUAGCAACCAGUAGCAGCCAAAAUGUCCAAGCUAAAUAAUGUUGCACCUUCAAAGUGUUCUCAAGUGCUCCCAGCCUGGCGUUCUUCUCAAGGACCGCCUGGCGUUUUCAGCUGGGAAAAAACAAAAAACGCUUUGGUGGACACGGGGACCUAAGGAUCUUGAGCGGUGCUUUGCGUUGCAGUAUUUCACUGUUAUCAGACCCCAGUAAACGUGGGUCAACAUGCCGCAUUCCUGUUUUUACCUCUCGCCUUUAUUUCAGCUGGAGAGACUUCAACCAAACAUGCUGUUCACUCCUUUGGUCUCUCCAGCUCAGCUCCCAGUAGGUGUAUUAUUAACCUUUGAAGAGGGCCUGAUGCUACUGCUCCUUGAUUUUUUUUAUACAGACUUUAUAUGCAAAAUGGCUGUCGAAGCAAUUUCUUUAACUCCAGGCUGUAUGGAUUUGCUGUGCAGUUGAGUCAGUGCUGACCUCAGACGUUUGUACUCGAGAGACACAUCGAAGGAAACAUUUUUCUCUUUAAUUCAUAUAAACUGAAGGGCCAGUGUCUCUGUGAGUGUCAGUGUCUGUAAAAAAAAAAAAUCCUUCUGUUUGUGUUUUGCACAUGAAAAGAGGAAAGUUGUAACAGUGUGUAUGAUAAGGUUUUGAGAACAUUGUAUAUCCAUGCAUUGCUUAUUUGUGGGAACUUAAUUAUUCCUGUUUGUACUUUAUUGCUCAUUUUUAAACAUUGUGUUAUUUCCUGUACCAAAUAUUGAAUUCAAGGAUAUUGAUGAUGAUGAUGAGACGAUUCAAGAAAAAAAGCAGAUCACCUCCUUCCUUCCUAACGGGGGUAAGAACUCUUCAGGUAUGACUAUCAUAGUAAUGCUGUGCUGUUUCACCCCACCGCCCCGCCUCCUCCAGAGACCCAGAAACUCAUGUUAUCUAACCUGUGAUGCUCUUCCUUUUCAUGAUGGAUUGUUUCUCUUAAGCAAAUGUAAUAUUUUCAUAUUGUAGUAACUGGUCCGUUGUAUUUAGACAAUGUUUUUACCUAUACUCUUCAUAAUUCUUUGAGGUGCACUGUGACUAAUAACAAUGCUGCUAUAUCACAAAGACUUUUCUUUUGUACGUCACAUUUAGCCGAUGCAAAUAUCGCUAAUGGUGACGGUUACAAAGUGGGCUCGAAUACGGAGGCCCUGCUUACAUUGUUCCAAUUCAAUCCAGGCUUUAUUAUUGUGCUGCCCUCAGUGCAGUGUAUUAAUCUCAGAGUGACUGUGUGUGCACAACCGUAGGAUCUGUAGCUCUUCCUGUUGGUCUUCCUUUACAAGCAUGAUAGAAAGAAAAGAGAGCGUAAAAUGUAGCGGUGAAAAAGCCCAUCUCAUUGCUCACUGUGGUUCAAUAAAACUGUGAGGUUGCUUUUUCUGCACCAGUGUUGAUUUUGUCAGCAAUUUUGUCUAGGUUUUAUGAUUGACUUGAGUUACAGUAUAUAAGAAGAAAUGUCCAUGUAUAGGAGCAUUUGAAAAUGUAUGUAUAUUUGAUAAACUCUAGAUUCUGUCCUCUAUUAGCAUUUAUCUGAGAAAUACAAGGAUCAAAUGACUUAAAAACUGUCAAGUCCUGUGACUGAAAUUAUGACAAGAUGCAUAUUUGUAUCACAUGUUGCUGUGUAUAAUGUUGCUAUGUACAGUGCGUUGUUGACAUGUGCAGAUUUGCUUUAUGACAAAAAACAUCAAACACAAGAUUGAACACAGAUUUUAAAACAAUUCUUAUUAUUUUCUGGCCAUGCUAGUGGGCCACCACUUUGGUCCUGACUGAAAUAUCUCAAAAAUUAUUGGAUGCAUUGCCAUGAAAUCUUGUACAGGCAUUGAGAGAGAUGGCUUCAAACCCAAACACCAGGCUUUAAAGCCAGUUUGAGGUAAUGGCCAAACUGUCUGUCAUGUGAUUACACUGGGCCCAAAAUGACUUCUAAUCGACUUAUAUAGUGAUAUUUGUGAGCGUCACAAUCCCCACAAACUCAUUAGCAGAAUGCUAAACCAAAAGUAAGCUGCUCGACUGGCUAAAGUCUCUCAUACACCUGCACUACGGGUCCAGCAAACAUAUUCAAACUUCGACCUUGUUACACAUCGACGUUUGGUCAUACACUUUCCACGUUGAGAUACGACGUGCAAGGUACUCUGGGUGUGUUGGUUGUUGAUGUUCUGGGACGCUGUGUCAAGUUCUGCCGUUAGAUGCAGUGUCUGUUUUCAAAAUUUAACGUGCAUACAGUCUCUUUUAAAAUAAACCCAAUACAUUGGUACAACACCACCAAUUGACUUUUUUUCCUUCAACAGCAAACACAUGGUUGGGUUUAGGAAAAAAAGAACAGGGUUUGGCUUUAGAAUCUUAUGGAAAGCCAACACUGGCCUCCCGGGUAAAGGUUGGUGGUUGUUGGACCUAUCCAUCACCACUCCCACCUGCUCUACUUGGUCUUCCACUGCCUUAACUUUUGUUUUUGUGCCGCGCCGUUUCCCCCUGAUGCCGCCAUUAAACAAUUAGGGAGACUGUCUGCGUAUCUUGCUGAUGUAAAAGGACCUCCUUUUUUUGUCGAUGUGUGAUGCCGGAAGUCACUGACCAAGCGAUGGAUUUCAACAACUUCGGAGUGAGACUAAGUUGGUCCAACAAUGCGGAAAAUCUGGCUAAUUUUAGACCUGGAAAGUUGCCUCUAAAGCUGUAUCCAGUUCUCUUUAUACAUUCAUGGAUGUCUUUGUGAUCCCCUGACACCUCAUAUCGUGCCACCAUGGGGUUGACCGAUUUUAUUUUUUUUACUAAUAAAGCAAAACAGCUAUUGGAUGGAUUGCCAUGAGAGACAGACAUUUUUGUAUGUAGCGCUUUGUUUAUCGUAUACCUGGUGACGAAGCAAAUACCUGCAAAAGUAAUUCCUCUGAGCCUCAGCUCUACUUUGGUUUAGUGCUAAUUUGCAAAUGUUAGCAUGCUAACACAUUAAACCAAGAUGUUAAAUAUAUACCAUGCUAGCAUUGUCACCGGGGCUGGUAUCAGUACUUAAUUUCUUGAAGGCAUUGACCGAAAUAACCCAAUAUCAGGUGUUAGCACAACUUCACCAGUCAAGAUCCUUAUUGUGCUGGGGGCCUGAUCCUGGACCACAGUGACUCCCCGCUGAAGGGGCAACCUUUCUUUUGCUGCCAUCUCUGGAGUUGAACAGUCAGUUCAACAUCUGCCCGGUUAGCACGAGUCAAUCCCACGACCCAUCGGCUAUCGUCUGAAGAUGAUAAGCCUCUGAGGGCGAGGGCAAAUAUUUCGGACUUAUCUGGUGUAGCCAACGGAUAUCUGGACCAGGACUUCCUCUUCUGUGCUCAAGUCAUUUUGGCCAAUCUCUAUAAACAGAUAUCUGCAUAUAAAUGCGUAGAAUUGUUUUUUAAAGCUAAUAUAAAGCUAACUCGCCGUCAUAUGAUAGUCGAUGGUUUAUGAGAUUGUAUUUCAGCCAAAGCGUUCUGCCUCUCCACACAGACUCUUUACAUGCCGUUCAGAUGUGAUUGGUCAAUACUACUCUCACUACAAAUGGACUAAAAACUGAAACCAGAAAUCUUUCGAUACCAAAAUUUUGUCCUGUCUCCUACAGAUUCUGCAUAUAUAUGUAUAACUUGUUUAUAUAGAUUAAGCACAAGCCUACACUGCAGCAGCAUCUAACAUCAAACACUGAACCGUUAAAUGGUCCCACCAAACUGUCACUAUGUGCAGGCAGACUCUCACCAACUGUCUCUAGCGUGGAGCUCACAAUCCCCCAGCAGCAGCUAUGACCUAUACAGUCUGUGGAAAGGUGAAGUUGAGAGAGGGCAUGUGAGGAUGCUGACAUUUAACUCAAAGCACCACUGUGCUGAAGCCCACUAGCAUGGCUGCACACACCUUUUUUUCUAUCAUGAGAAUUUAACGCCACAUACAAGCAUUACUGUGAUACAAAUCUGCACAUUUUAACACGCACUCACAACCUGCAAAUGUUUCAGUUGCAUGACUUCAGCUGAUUUUAGCUCAGUUUUUUUUUUGACAGUAAUUCCGUGGUGUAAAUGGUAAAAAGAUAUUUUGUUGAAAUUCAGCAGCAUUUAUAUCCAGUAUAUGUAGUUGAUCUCAUGUUACAAUGUGAUGUCAAGUACUUUGAAAUAGAAUUGGUUGACGAAAUUAAUACUGAACAACAACAAUGCCUAUUACAAUGUCAGUAAUACAGACAAAGUUAUAAACCAACAUUCAUAGGCUAGGGAAAGAUGAAUUAGGGGCCUUUUGUAUUUUUUAUGUUUGCUUUUGAGGUUAUAAAAUAUGUUUGGACCUAGUUAUAAUUUGCCUCCUUAUACAGCAAAAUAUAUUCUUAGCGUACGGGCUUUGGACAGUAUAAACUUUAAGAAUCUAGAGUUGAUUUGAAACAUAAAAGCCCCGAAAACAUGCAUCUAUAUAUCAUGUUGUAGCACAAAACAAUAUGCAAAACGUCAAAUGGAGUUAUACUGAAAUAUGCUUCAGAUAAUCUUUAGCAGUCUCCAGCCAGUGUCAAGAUUAUUAUCUCAAAUACACACCGGCCUUCCAUGCAUCCAUGACAGAAGAAUUACGUUUAGAAGUUUGAGGAGUCGGAUGUAGAUGGCGAGAAAAGUGCCGUGUGUGGAAAUCGAUCAUCGGUUUAAAUGUGUGACUAUACUUUGCUGGCAUGACGUCAAACUCCCAGCCAGGCAGAACAGUUGUGCAAUACAUAGCCACACUAGCUGCAUGAAGAGGUUUGAGGAGGUGCUCUCUGCCUGAGUGACAAACUCAGCUCACACAUGUACUUUCUCUUCCAUUUCUUACAUGUCUGAUUAGCAGCAGCAGCAGCUCUGAUUAAUCUGGUUCCUGUGUUGGUGACAUGACUGAUGCUUUCCCAUCAAGUGAUUUAAUUGCUGUCUUGUCUUCUCUUUUUGUUGGUUAUAGCUGAAUAUGAUAAUGUUACCAUAAUAGCAUCCUAAAGUGUGCAGUACAAAACCUGAUGGCUGGAUUGUGAAGUUGUUCUCCAUGUUAAUUUCUAGUAAACACACUGGAACUGGCUCUUUUCAUUAAAAAACAUGAGGAAAUA